CCAGACGAAUGUAAAGUUGCCAUAGACCAGUUUUUCGAGGUAGUUUCUGACAUUCCCUACGACCUCGUGGAGGCAAUUGUGAAGUUCUUAGAAAAGCACUCAAACGGACAGGAAAGCGACUGUACUCCAGAUUGUGGUACUGUGCAGAAGAACCUUGAUUUCGCUAAAAAAAAGUGCUGUUGAUUUUACUAAAGAG